AUGUUGGGAAACAUCGAGGGUAUCAAAGAUAAUCUCUACACCAUCAUAACUGACUCUGCCAGUACUCCAUACCCUGCAUGGACCCUUGGUGGUUUGCUUCUUGGAAGAGGUCUCACGAUCCAAAAGCCAAUGGGUCCAUUGUCUGGUACCAGCGGCUCCUCUUUGAGAUUGAGCCACACCUUAGCUACUGCUAGACCCACUAAAGCUUCUUGCUACCUCUUCGGUGCUGCUCAUUUGCUCGGUGGCUGGAUAGUGUACGACGGAGAUAUUACUAAUGGUGCAGGAUUCAACUUUGCAUGGUCCACGCUAUACUUAAUUGUGAACGGAAGAGCAGGCUUGAAAAGUGUGAUACAUGGUAGGGUUAACCCAUUGGCCUUGUCUAUAUUGGCUCUAGGAAAUGCUGGAACCUACGGAAAGAAGUUCUUCUGGCCCUAA